GAACCGGCAAAACGUAUACCUGACGCAACCGAGGAGACGACGAGCGCGCGUCGUUCUCGCGAUACGCUGUUGCUAGGCGCUCGUUUUCGAGCAACGAUUCCGCUCCGGGAAUUCACCCCGCUGUCCACCGAAGCCGUCCAUUUGCCUGUGUUUCGCGGAUUCCCAACACCGAGCCAAGGUCACGACACGUUUGCGUAUCGCGUUCCACGAAACUUGCCAAUCUGAAACCCGGUGCUAUCCGCGCUACUUGCCCUUUGCGUCCUGCGCGUCCUGCGCGUCCUGCGCGUCCUGCGCGUCCUUUGGAAGCGUGCUACGAGCCGGUGUUCCCUCUUUGCGUCCUGUGUUCGCUUGCGCGGCUUCUACGUCUUCCUGUGAAGUUCUCCACUUUUAUACGUGACAUCGAUAUGUGAAUUCAAGUGAAGUUUCAAAGAGCGAUAAGGGAAGACGAGGUGGUUCGAGGGAUGAGAUAGGAACCGAUGAAGUCAUUAAGCAACAAUAGAAACCGUCGUUCAACGGAGAUCAAAAUUGAAACCCAUCGAAGCCGUGGAAUAUAGAAUCGCGAGUUCGGUAGAUCCAGUAGCUAGCUCAUUAAUCGAAGAGGAGGACGGGAUAAAAUUUCCAGUGCAUCUCCGGUGUGUUUCCGACGACGAUAUCGAUUCGAAAGUGGCGGUGCAGCAAAUGCACCGGAAAGAGAAGAAACAUCACCGGUAAACGAAGAAGUUGCAUCGAGUGUACCACUGAAUUCCGCCGCUUCGUGCACGACGCUCCAAAUCCUACCGACACCGGAACCGACCGCUUUCCUUCGAAAAUUCGUUCUUUCCUUGCUUCAGAGAACUCUUUCGAUAAAAUCGUGGAUGUCGCUGCUAUAGCGAGACAGCAGUGGAAACAAAAAAAUCGCGUCUUCCGUCCUGAAGAUUUAUUUCACGCCUAUACGUUCUCGAAGUGUUCUAUUCCUCACCGUGCCGAUGAAAACAGUGACUAGUGGUGGGUGAUGAUCAGUGACCCACCGUUUCGAAUGAAGUGGUUUUAGGAUGAUGGUGGAGCGUGUCGAGGACCAUCUCUUCAUGUAUCGACGUCCCGUUUACCGAGUCUUCCAGUACCUCGAAACCACCGACCAUGAGGGGAUGAGCACUGGCGUAGGAGAUGGAGCUGGAGGCGGCGGUGGCGUGCAGGGAAGCGGCGGCGGAAGAAACACGCCGCCCCAUGGAUCGCCCACCCCCAUGGACAAGGCGACUCUAAAAGUCCAUCUGCCUAACGGUGGUUUCAACGUUGUUAAGUUCGGUGAUGCGAUCGAUGUGAGGGGCAUCAUCUCUUUAGUAACUAGUCGAUUAUCAGUUGGAACUAGACACUAUAGAAACCUUUACGCCAUGAGACUGCAUCACCCUGGAUCGGGGGAGAGUUACUGGUUGCAUCAAGACACAACCAUGUAUCAGGUUCAAGAAAAGUACGAGAAAAAACAUCCUCACUGCGAGUGGAGAUACGAACUGAGGGUACGAUACUUGCCACAAAAUCUGAAUGAUCUAUAUGAAAAGGAUAAAGUGACCUUCUACUAUUACUACGAUCAGGUUCGAAACGAUUAUCUUUGCGCAAACCACGCAGCUCUUGAUCAGGAUGUGGCGGUACAACUAUGUUGUCUUGAGAUUCGCUACUUCUUCAAAGACAUGCCACAGGUCGCGCUCGACAAGAAGAGCAAUCUCGAGUACCUAGAGAGAGAGGUCGGUCUACACAAGUUCUUACCGCGGUCCGUGUUGAAUGGAAUGAAACCAAAGGCACUACGCAAGUUAAUACAGCAGCAUUUCAAAAAAGUUGCAGCAUUGUCUGAGCUGGAAUGCAUGUUCAAGUUCUUCGAUCUCUUGCGCGCGCAUUACAGAUUCGAUCAGGAAAGAUUUAUAUGCGCUUUGGGGUCCAGCUGGUCUAUACCUGUAGAACUAGUUAUUGGACCAGAUUUAGGCAUCUCUUACAUGGCUCACAGAGGAGGAACGGUGCCAACGAGAAUGGCAGAGUUCUCUCAAAUACAAUCUAUUCAAACGCUAGUAUCGGACUGUAAAGAACAUGCAAAAGCGUGUAUUAAAUUAAGAGUAGCUGGAGCAGCAGAAACGCUUAGUAUAACUUGCUCGAGUCUAGAUCAAGCGGAAAGUCUUGCGGAUUUAAUCGAUGGGUACUGUAGGCUAAUUACUGGAAGCAAUACCUCGUUAUGGAACAGAAAAGCUGCAUCGUGGAAAAACUAUCCCUGUCCAUGCAAAGAUGCUCAUCCACCGAAGUACAGACAAGAGGGAUCCAAUAGUCCGGAGAAAAACGUAAGCAAAACGGGAACUAUUUUAUCAGAGGACUACGCAGAAAUCGUGGACGAAGAAGGAGACUAUUCAACGCCAGCUACUAGAGAUUAUGAGAUAGUCAGGAAUCAAGUGGAACUAGGUGAAAUCAUUGGAGAGGGCCAAUUUGGCAAUGUACAUAAAGGUUCUUAUAAAGGGCGGGACAAUCAAGUAAUACCUGUAGCAGUUAAAACCUGUAAAGUCGAUGCAGAUCUUGCAACUUCGGAAAAAUUUCUCGAAGAAGCCUAUAUAAUGCAACAAUUCGAACAUCCUCAUAUCAUAAGACUAAUAGGAGUAUGUUCCGAAGCGCCGAUUUGGUUGGUGAUGGAAUUGGCCAAAUUAGGGGAGAUGCGAGCUUAUCUACAAUCGAACAAACACCGUUUGGACCUCGCCACUCUUCUACUUUACACGUUUCAAUUGAGCACUGCCUUAUCGUAUCUUGAGAGCAAGAAAUUUGUACACAGAGAUAUUGCUGCAAGAAAUGUACUAGUCUCUGCACACAAUUCCGUAAAAUUAGCAGACUUUGGUCUUAGUAGAUGGGUGGAAGAUCAAAGUUAUUAUACAGCGAGUAGAUGUAAGUUACCUAUUAAAUGGAUGGCACCGGAGAGUAUUAAUUUUCGAAGAUUUACAACGUCGUCUGACGUUUGGAUGUUUGGUGUAUGCAUGUGGGAAAUUUUAAUGUUAGGUGUAAAACCGUUCCAAGGUGUAAAAAAUAACGAAGUGAUUCGUAAAUUAGAGAACGGAGAAAGACUUGCGUUACCGAAUCAUUGUCCUCCGCGAUUAUAUUCUUUGAUGUCUCAGUGCUGGAGUUAUGAACCCAGUAAACGUCCGACGUUUAAAGAAAUCAGAGAAACGUUACAUGAAAUUUUAUUGGAAGAAAAACAUCAGCAACAGGAAACGAUGAGACGAGAGAACAGAAGAGUGCAAGCUAUGUCUUGGGGUGCAGACGAUGUACCACCACCUAAACCUUCGAGGCAACCGCAAAACACAACAGAUCAAUCUCAGCUAACCGCUGCAGCGCCGGUUUCGACAUAUAUCGUGGCGCAAAGCCCCGAGGUUCUUGCACAACUUCUCAAGGAUAAUCAAACUAGGGGGGUAUGUCCCUCCGUCUACACAACACCCGCUUCGCCUUUCAAUACCUUAGCCGUACAAUUUCAAGACGAAGAGCAAGUCUUAACUACCGCCUUAGUUUCAGAUCUACCCUUUUUCGAUUCAGCCACCUCAGAACCUUCUGCCUCUCACGAUACUCAUUCAGGAGAUUCCACUUUGUCCGACACUAAUUUAGAUUCCCUUGAUUCCUCGGACACUCCUCUCAUGUCGAGCCUUAAUAUUUCAGACGCGACACAAGCUCAGUCACCCGCUGCCAAUAGAAAGCAGCAGAAGGUUAAAGAGAUGCAAAAUUUGUACGCGGUUAGUUCAAAAGUCGUCGGUAGCAUUACUGGAGAUUUGUAUUCUCCCGUACAGAAAUUCAUAACGUCCAGUGCUAUUCCUGCUACAACUAACGUAGCAACUUGUGGCGAAAUAUACGGGCCUGUCGCUAAUUUCACGCAAAGUUCUGCCAUCGUUGGUAAUCUUAGUCAGAGCCCCAGCGUAGGUGGUAAUUUUGGUGAAAAUCCUGGAAACUUUGGGCCUAGUAGUUUAAAUAGUAUCGUAGGAUUAAACAAUCAAAAUCACUCGUCAAAUUUUGGCCAAUUUUCUGCUAAUAACACGAAUCAAACAUUCGGUGUUGCUCAACCGGUAAGCCAAAAUUCUAGUUGUAUACAAAAUCCUGUCACUACCGUCGCGUAUCCUCGUGUAUCGAUCGUUAGUUCGACCAGUGCUGCUGUUCCUGGGUCAAAUACGGAAUGUUUAUACGGACCGGUACUGAAAUUUCGAGCGCAAAACAUUCAGAAUCAAAAUGUCUCUGAUUUGAAACCCAUAAACGUAUCGGUUGGAUCUGCCAUACCAAAUUCGAGAAGCAAUUUAGCACACACUUCGGCUCCAGGACAAAAUCUACAAGCACAGCCGAUGCACGCCCAGAAUUAUCAGCAUCAGCAAAUCUAUUCGAACAUUAGCCAUCCAGGAACGCAACCAAUGUACAUGUCACAGUCGCAGAACGUGCAAAACAUCCAAAAACAAAAUCCCAUUCAUCAACCCGUUUCUUACAUCCCAACACAACAUACGAAUCAGCAAAAUCAAGCGACAGGUGCUAACCCAAUUUACACGGCACAAACGGCUUCAGUUACGGUGGUGCAAGCUCAGAAGAUUCAGGGCCCCGUAUACGUACAACAAAUUCAAGCUGGGAUUGCGAGUCACGUACCGAACGCUCAAGCAAUGAACAUGAAUCAGCAAUUGUCUUUUGAAAUAGCACAAAGUCAUCCCGUUCAAAUGCAUUUCGCCACAUCAGGUGGCUCAGUUCAACCCACUAGCCAGCAACACAUGCAUCCAAGCGCAUCUAACAUUGUAAUGGGGCAACAAUCGACUUCUGUUAUCGCUACGCAGCAUGCUCCGACACAAUGCAACGUAUCAAAUCUGUCAGCAACCAUGGCGAACGCAACACAGUAUUUGCCACAACCAGUGAUGCAGGCGGGAAUCAUAAGAUCAAGCACUCCUCAGAUAGCAACUGGUGUUGCAAAAAUUACUACAUUCGUAAACCAAAAACAAGACGAACAACUGACAAGCUCGACAGAUGGUACACUCUCUGGAUCACUGAUAUCUUCCGCUGUCAGUGAUAGCACAAUGUCAUCGAGCAGCUCGAUGACAGAGGAGGCACAGCAAGAUCAGAGAACCAUACAAUCACAGUUCGAUAACAUUACAGAAAAUUUCAACAGUGGAAUUGACGAUGAACAAAAAUUAUUAGAACAACGACUUUUGGAACAACAACGCCAGUCGGAAGAAGAUAGUCGUUGGUUGGCAAGGGAAGAGAAACGUCUGUCCAUUGCGACAAGUGGAGACGAAAGCGCGAGUCCACCAAUUCCCCGUUCAGUUACGCAAUCACCAAAUCAUGAACAACAUAGUGUUAAUACCGGUUCUAUAGGUUCCGAUAAAAGUACCGAAAAAGUAAUUGUGGUGAAGAAAAUGGAACCAACACCAACUGCUGAUCUAGAUAGAACGAACGAUAAGGUAUAUGAUUGUACCACCAGUGUAGUUCGUGCUGUGAUGUCUUUAUCUCAAGGUGUCCAACAAAGCAAAGCUGACCAAUAUUUGGAAUUAGUACGUAAAGUGGGUAUCGAAUUGAGGGCCUUACUUUUAUCUGUAGAUGUUCUUAUGGACAUAUUACCUACAUCUGCUCAUCGAGAAGUAGAAAUGGCGCAUAAAGUUCUUAGUAAGGAUAUGGCAGAACUUGUAACUGCCAUGAAGCAUGCUCAGAAAUACAGUGCUACUACUUUGGAUGCAGAAUACCGAAAAGGAAUGCUAUCAGCAGCACAUAUUUUGGCAAUGGACGCAAAAAAUCUUUUAGAUGUAAUCGAUUCAAUACGCAUUCGAUAUCCAUACGUAGAAGGCCAAAUUUGCCAAAAGCAAAAUCAUAUUAGUACUUCACAAGAAUCAAUGCCAGAAAGUCGUAUUCGUUCCAGUCAAUCUGGAGAACAUUUCUUAAGGAGAAGUCAGUCGAGUGAACGUCAAGGUACAACAUUCAGACAGAGUCAAAGCGGUGAUCUUCUACAUAGAAUGGGACAAUCCGUUGAUCGUUCGUUGCAGGGUAGCCAAACUGAUGUUAGCAGUAGUUCUAGUUUAGAAAGAAGGCAUCAUAUCGUCACCAACAGUCUCGAACGUAAUUCAACAACAAGGAGACAAAUGACCACAAAUAGCUUAGAAAGAAAAAGACCAUCGUUAUCUUGUAAUAUCAGCCCUAUGAAUAAUUCGGUUAAUCUGCCACCAAUGGUACCAGUUACCUGUAAUUUAGUCCAAACAGUUGGACCUGUCAUUCAUCCAAGUCAAACAGUUACAACAGGUAUUAAUCAACAGUCAGUGUUUGCACCUAAUAAUAAAACGACAAAUGAAAGUGCAACAACUGAUAGCUAACAACGAGGUGCCUUGUAUUAAGGAAAACUUCGAGAGAAUAAUUAUAUGUACAUAGACUACAUCGUACAAGUUACCCAUUUACAUCUCACGCAUAAUUCAGCAGCAGGAGAUUUAGUAUUUAUGCUUUUUAUAGCUCUUUUUAACAUUUAACAAACUUUGUCUAAACGUACUUAUAGAUAGGACAGUAUUCGUUAGAUGUAGUCAUAGAAUUAUUACUAAAAGACGUAAGUCACAGCUAUAAAGAAAUCACUCCAAAGCUUUAGAAUUAUUGUUGAUUUGUUAUUAUAUGACAACCACGUAUAUAGGGUGACGCAAAAGGCACCCUCGAAUUUAAAGUUCAAGCGUUAUAAGUGUACGUAACUUUUAUCGAUACAAAACCAAUAUUUACAUGAGGAGUUAUUUAAAUUUUGUUACAUAUACUUUAACAUUAUAGAAAAUUAACUAUAACAGGCUUGCUAUUACAAUAUCAUGAUGUAUACGAUCCAUCACUUUGGAGAUUGUCUCAUUGCAUCACCCUGUAAGUAGUUGAAUAAUUCUAUAUAUAUUUAUAAAUAUAUAUUUAAGCGAAUAGUUCGAAGUAUUCUGCAAAAAACGAAUUUCUCAUAGGAUACAAUUUUGCGAAGUUGUUUUUAUGAAUUUAUAAUUUAAUAGUAUGUUUCCUGCUAAGAGGAGUGAUUAUAAUUGUAAAAAAAUGGGACUGAAUGUUAUUUCUAUUAGGUAAUUAUUUAGCAAUUCAUACCAAUUUGUGAAAUUUAUAUAAAAUGUUUUAUAAAAAAUGAAUCAUUCUUCAGCGGCAAGUCAGUUCCUAUAAAAUAUUUAUAAAAAUUUCAUCUUUGCAUAAGAAUAGUAUUGAUAACUCGUCAACACAGUGCGCUUGUAAGAACACACACAGUGCAUUUAUGACUCUAUUAAAUAUUCCAUAAAUAUGAAGUAUUCCAUUUUUAUACAUUUAUUACCUUUUAUGUUCCUGGGAAAAUUUAGUUUCAUAUUAAAUUAAUAUUAUUAUCCAUGAUGAUUGACUGAUUUUUAUAUUAUUCAUUAUUUUACAACAACCACAAUUUUUUAAUACUAAUGUGCCAAGGUGUGUUUAUAUAAUAUAAACAAAUUUUGCUAUUAACGCAAUAAAAAUGUACAGUAAUAUUUUAAUGUAUCAUCCCAGGAAUUUGUAAUUCAUGAUUACGACGUUUGACACUGCUAUUGCAUCGAGAGUAUAGGGUACUUUUUUUCUAGAAUUGCAUUAAGUAGGUAUAUGUAAAUAGAUACCCAAAAUUUAUAUCAUUUAACAAUAAUGUUAAUAAUUAAGAGUAAGUAUUAUUUUUAGUGACUUUUAUGUUUCAUGAAUGUUUAACUAUGCAUAUGCAUAUUUUGAACAUUUGUUACAGUUUAGUUACAUAUUUAUCAGAAUUCCACUGAAAAAUAGAUACAUCUUGUGGUGUAUGUUUAUACUGUCUUCGAUAUUAUAAUACUAUAUAAAGUAUACCUUUUGUUCUAUAAUUCCUCUACAUGAUAUGUAAUUAUCGCAAGAAUGUCAUGACGAAUAUCACAAUAUAUAAUGAUAUAAUAAAAUUAUAAGAUUUUUA